AUGAAUUCCUCAUCAUCUUCGAACCAACCGAAUACGACGCUCUACCUCAACAACCUCAACGACAAAAUUAACAAAGAAGAACUGAGAAUACAACUAUAUGCGCUGUUCACGACAUAUGGGAAAAUAAUCGAUGUUAUCGCAUCCAAAAGCCCAAAAAUGAGGGGGCAGGCGUUCCUGGUGUUCACCGAUCUCGCAGCAGCGACGUCGGCGAUGAGGGCGUGCGAGGGGAUGGUGUUCUACGAUAAGCCUCUUCAUAUCGAUUACGCGAAAGGCAAGUCGUACGCGACACUGAAGCGCGAAGACCCCAAUUUCGUUCCACCGACGGCUGCGAACGCCAGUGCACUCGUCAGGAACGCCGCUUCUCAGAAGCGAUCACGCGAAGACGGCGCGCAAGACUCUGUCAAACGCGAGAAAAACGACGAUGACUCCGAUGACGAAGAGAUGGAAAUUGACGACGACGACGAUGAGAAUGCUGCUGCAAAGUCGAAGAGUAAUACGGUCAUUGAGAAUGCUACGGCGGUGCCUCAAAGUGUCCAACAGCCCUCAUCAAGACUGGUGUGCACAAAUCUACCUAUGGAGGUCACGAACGACGUGCUUUCGGUUUUAUUCCAACAAUACCAGGGCUACAUGACCUGCCUCGUUGCCCAGUCUCCGACGCCAAACGCAGAGGGCGCACGCGUGAAAUUUGCUCAAGUCAUAUUUAAGUCCCCCGAGUUCGCUACAGUAGCGAAAGAAGCUCUCAACGGGUUCGCACUGAAGAAGGGUUGGGUCAUGAACGUCAUGUAUUACUAG